GACCCCGUCUCCGUGAGAGCAAGGACGAGUCUCGUGGAAGGGUUGAUCAAGGACUGUGAUCCCUAAAGGUAACCACGACUAAACGAUCACAAUAGACUGGACAGGGCAAGUGAGUUGGGCUGUAGGGAAGAGGGGUCGGCAACUUUGCUCCUAUGGCCCGUGCUCCGCCUUCCCCUUUGACCCCCAGCAACAUUCCCCGCAACUUAAGCUACAUCGCUGGCUUGUACGAGAGGGCCUAUUAUCGCACGGCCCGUCCGAGCAUUGCGGAGGAUUCGGGAACCGAAGGCUCCGAAUCUGAGUCUGAGGGCAGGCCACGAGGCAGGACCCAGAGGAGACGCCGCCAUCUCUUCCAGGGGUCCAAAAGAAGGGGAAGGCGCCGGACUCGCUCGGCCCCGGCUCAGGGUAGGAUACGAGGAGUAUCACGCAGCCGUAGCCCUGGGACUCGCAAGAGGGUGCGCUUCGCCGACUCCUUGGGCCUGGAGCUGAUCAGCGUGCGGCAGUUCUGGCCUAACGAUCUCCCACAGGUGCCAGAGAGGGUCCACAACCAGCUGAGGCGCGAUUCACUCAGCCACUUCGCGCCGUGUCUGCCGUUCUGCCCACCAGUGAAGGAAUCUUUGAACCUGCAGACUCGGCUGCUGGAGCCAAUGUUCCCAGAUCCUGUGAGCAUGCCCGAUUUCCUGCCCCGUCUUCUGGCUCAGUGCGUGCUGCUGGAGGGUGUCCGGGCCGAGGGAUCCUGCGUUUCUGGUACCAUCCGUGUGAUCAACCUGGCCUAUGAGAAAAGGGUUUCUGUGCGAUACACCUGGGACUUUUGGGCUACCGAGCACGAAGCUCGCGCCUCUUACGCCGCCCCUGCAGGGCGGGACCGGGACCACGCCGACCGCUUUGCCUUCCGCCUGCCUCUGCCAGUCCCACUCUCCGCAGGGGUGGUACUCGAGUUUGCCCUCUGCUACCUGGUGGGGGGGAAGGAAUUCUGGGACAACAACCAGGGACGUAACUACUCUCUGCGGCCGCCUCCUUGCGUAGCCGAGGAAGACGAAUUCCCCAGCCCCAUUCAAGAUUGCUGUGAAACUGGCUGGAUACACUUUCUGUAGGCAAAGCUCCGCCUCCAGGAGAGAAGGAAAGACGGGGAGACUUGUUGAACCUGAAGUUUGAUAGGAAAAGUCGAAGAUCAAGGUUGAAACACAAAGAUACACAGGCAUCUGGGCACACACCCACCACCACACCAGAAUCGAUGCAGACACUUGGAUUUGCUUCCCGUUCCUCAGCGGGCUUUUCACUAAAUCAAAAUCCACUGCUUGUAGCUUUUGCGAUCACCGACAGACCAUUCACACAACCCCUGACAUUGGGCUAUCGCCUUGCAAGGAGGACCACUCUUUCUUUUGACUUGCGGACUUGCUUGCAAUCCAAAUCCAGUGUCGAUGUUGAGUGGGGACGUCACCCUAUGGGGGGGGGUCUCCUCCAAAAGAGAUGUCCGUGAGAAAAGGAUAUUAAAAAAACUCAAAAUGUUAGCCACAACGAUGUCAUCGAAGAUCUGAGUUCUACUCUCCCAUCUUGUAAAGUGACCUUUGAUACCCUGGAGAUUUUGGAGAGAAAGGGAUCGGGAAUAAAAGAGAAUAAGAGAAGAGCAAACAAAGAUGAUUUGGGGACUGGAGGCUAAAACAUAUGAAGAAUGUUGCAGGAAUUGGGUAUGUCUAGUUUAACGAAAAGGACUAGGGGUGACAUGAUAGAUGUCUUCUAAUGUUUGAGGGUCUGUCACAGAAAAGAGGGGGGUCAAUCUAUUCUCCAAAGCACCUGAAGACAGGACAAGAAGCAACGGAUGGAAACUAAUCAAGGACAGAAGCAACCUAGAACUAAAGAGAAAUGUCCUGAUAGCGAAUACAAUUAAUCAGUGGAAUGGCUUGCUUUCAGAAAUUGUGGAUGCUCCAUCACUGGAGACUUUUAAGAAGAGAUUGGACAAUCCUUUCCUGCUGGAGCAUGGGGUUGGACUAGAAGACCUCCAAGAUCUCUUCCAACUCUGCUAUUCUAUUCUGUUCUGUUCUGUUCUGUUCUUUUCAAAUGUCCACCUUGUAUAUUGUACACUGGGGGGAAAAAACCCCAGAUUCAUAACUACGUCGAUGAAAGAACAGAGUUUUUCUUCAAUUUCCUGUUUUCCUCGGCUUGGGGAAAACAUUCUGGAUCUCCAUUCCAAGGGACUCAUUCGCACAUGCUGUUUCCACAUUUUUCUGCAUGAAUGUAUUCACACUUCUCGUCGCAUCCUAUGUUAUUUCUAUGCUGGCUGGUUAAAGGAGAGAAAAAAAAAAUCACCCUUGUUAUUCC